AUGCCACAGCCCGACAUUGCCAAAAUCGCCAUGUGCCUAUGGGAAGGGCUCGAGGAUCUGGGCCCGGAAGAUAGCCGCCCGGUUCUUGGGGAUGAGAAAGUGAUUCUGAGGGAGCGGAGAGAAGCGAUAAAAGCGGAAGAAGCCUCGUUCGCCGCCUCAUAUUUGGCGCAAGAAAUCGACGAGCAGCUGGACUUGAAGAUGAUUUUAGACUACCUCGACGCGAUAACCUACAAGAAGUAUCACAAGCUCGUGAGGUAUGCAACGAUUGGCACUCAAGGAGAAGGAGCGGGAAAAGCCUACACGCUGCGCGCCGAAUUCGAAGAGCUCACCGGUGCCGGAAAUGCCGUCACAAAAGCCACCGCUCAAAUCGAGGCCGCGAAGAAUCUGAUGAUCAUCGCCAUCAAGCAGAACCAGGAUCAGAUGUUCGAGAUAAAAGGAGCCACCAAGGAGGAGAAGCUAAAAUUUGUCGAGGAUCUCUACGAAGCGCAAAUGGAGGAGCACCUCGCCGUCCCGAAUUAUAAUGGCCAAAUCUUGGAAUUGUGCAAAGAUCGAGCCCUACAAAAACAGCCCACGUACACCUUUCAAUUCGCCGGGAUGUCGCCGAAUCAGUCCCACAUUGCCGUUUGCCACUUGCCGGAUGGCGAGACCCUGACCAGCAUCGUCAAGGGCAGCAAGAAGGACGCGAAGGCAAAUGUCGCAAGAAAAGCUGCGCAUUAUUUGAAGAGGUGGCUCAAAGAAAUGGACGACGAGCUCGGGGAUGACGAUGUGACCGAGGCCCCGAAUUCGAAUGCGGGAAGUGGCUUCGCGAAGGUCGGCCAAUUCAACUGGGGCAACGCGAUUGCGCGUUUUGGUGAACGUCUGAAGGAGAAGAAGGUGAAUGAAUUUAUCGAGAACAAUUUGGAGGAA